AUGACCUCGGCGCACCGCGUGCAGCCGCAGCGGCUGUCUCAGCCGAUUGACGAUUCCGAGAAGGCGGUCGGCGCUGCGGAAUGGUGGAACGCCGGCAUGGUGAUACUGGGCGAGGUCAUGGGCACGGGGGUGCUGGGGCUCGCCGGACAUGCCACCGGCCUCGGAUACCUCAUCGCGUUCCCGGCCAUGGUCAUCUUUGGCUUCACCUCAACGUACUCGGGCCUGCUCCUCUGCCGAUGCAAGGUCGAUCUCUUCGCUGGGGAGGGGGUAGGGGGCUACGGAGACCUCGCAACAACGGUCGGCGGCCCAAUCUUUGGCGCCUUCACCAAGUUUAUGAUCGUCAUCAACUGGUACUUGCUCAUGCCCUACUACCUCGUCGCCUCUGGCGGCUCGCUCUCGGUCGUGGCUCCCGACGCGCCCGUCUGCGGCUACAUCUGGACCCUCAUGAUGGCCAUCCUCAUCCUCCCGCCGAUGCAGUUCACCACUUUGACAGAGGUGUCGCUGCUUUGCGGCGCCUCCACCGCCGCCAUCAUCAUCGUGAUCUUCCUCAUCAUCGUCCAGCUCAUGAUGGAUGGACCCGAAGGGGGCAGCUUUGGCGCAAACUGGGACGCGAUCAGCCCCGACAUCACGCCCCUUGGAUUCUUUGGAUCGCUCUCCUCAUUUGUCUUUGCCUACCAGGGCCAAGACAUCUUUUGCGAGAUUAUCUCCGAGAUGCGGGAGGAGAAGGACGCACCCAAGGCGAUCGGCAUGUCGUACGGCCUCAUGACGUUCGUCUACAGCAUCACGACGGUCCUCGCCUACGGAAUGAAGGGCAGGGACGUGCAGGGCUUCCUUCCGGACGCGAUCACGGGCGGCGGCCUCACGCAGUUCGUCGGCGUGCUUCUCUUCUUCCACAUCCUCACCGCCUACCUCUGCAUCGGUAUCCCCUUCCUCAACGUGAUGCACGCCAAAUUCUCCGCCUGCGGCUGCUUUGGGGCCAUCCACGAGGGCUCCGUCGGCGCCCGCGUCGCUUGGUUCAUCAUCUCCUUAAUCACUGUCGCGACCACCUAUUUGCUCGCCGCCGCGUUCCCCUUUUUCGACGCGCUUCAGGUGCUGCUCGGCGCCCUCGCGGGCGCCCCGAUCGUCUUUGGCUGGCCGGCCAUGUUCUACCUCCUCGGCUGCAGGAUGAAGGGCGUGGCGGUUGGCUGCUUUGACCUGAUCAUGUGCAUCAUUUACUUUGCCUGCACGCUCCUCUUUGGCAUCCUUGGGACGAUGGACGCGGUCGGAUACGUGAACGAAAUGCUGAACGACCCGAACGUCCAUGUCGGAUUCGACUGCGUGCUGGGUGGAGACGGCGGCGAGUAG